UUCUACAUUCUUCUACUGCUCUGUUUUCUAGACCCAUCUCUCCUUCUCUUAAUAAAACUCUACCCACAACCAAAUUCCAAAACACAAAACUUCAAUCAUUCAAUUUACACUACAACAAACAUACAUAUCCUCUACAUAAAUUUGCCUAUUAUUUAUCCUUCUAUCAAAUAUCAAAUUUUGAGUUCAAGAACUGGUAAUAGAAGAUGGGUGUAGAUUACUAUAAGAUAUUGCAAGUUGAUAAGAGUGCUACAGAUGAUGAACUGAAGAAAGCUUAUAGGAAAUUGGCUAUGAAAUGGCAUCCUGAUAAGAACCCAAAUAACAAGAAAGAAGCUGAGGCUAAAUUCAAACAAAUCUCUGAAGCCUAUGAGGUUCUGAGUGAUUCACAGAAAAGGGCAAUUUAUGAUCAGUAUGGGGAAGAAGGCCUGAAAGGUCAAGUGCCACCACCAGAUGCUGCUGCUGGUGGACCUGGUGGGGCUACGUAUUUCCAUACAGGUGAUGGACCAAAUGUGUUUAGAUUCAAUCCAAGAAAUGCCAAUGAUAUCUUUGCAGAAUUUUUCGGGUUUCAAACCCCGUUUGGUGGUGGGAUGGGAGGCGGUGGUGGUGGGAUGGGAGGUGGUGGUGUUGGUGGGAUGAGAGGUGCAAGGUUUUCUAGUUCAAUGUUUGGGGAUGAUAUCUUCAGUUCAUUUGGAGAAGGCAGACCGGCGAUACGGAAGGCGCCACCGAUUGAACGAACAGUCCCUUGUAGUCUAGAAGAACUUUAUAACGGGACAACCAAGAAGAUGAAGAUCUCUAGGGAGAUUGCUGAUGCAAGUGGGAAGACUUUACCAGUAGAAGAAAUUCUAACCAUUAUAAUCAAACCUGGCUGGAAAAAGGGAACUAAGAUUACAUUCACAGAGAAAGGAAACGAAGAGCCAAACGUUCUUCCUGCAGAUCUCGUGUUCACAAUUGAUCAGAAACCACACAGUGUUUUCACAAGGGAUGGGAAUGACCUUGUAAUCAAUCAGAAUAUCUCACUUGUUGAAGCAUUAACAGGCUACACGGCCCAUGUAACAACGCUCGAUGGAAGAAAACUGACUAUUCCUAUCAACAAGGUCAUACACCCAAACUAUGAAGAGAUUGUCCCAAAGGAAGGAAUGCCAAUACCCAAAGAUCCUUCCAAGAGAGGGAAUUUGAGGAUCAAGUUUGAUAUCAAGUUCCCUACAAGGUUAACAGCAGACCAGAAGACUGGAAUUAAGAAGUUGCUUCCGUCCUAGGCCAAACCCAUAGCAUCUUUACACAGUCUGUGUACUGUUUUAGUUAGUUUCUUUUAUUAUUUACUAUCUUGGGUAAUUGGUUCCCUUGUAGUGUUUGCAUAUUAUAGCUUAGAAUUGUCUGUGUAAGUCAAUAAAUAUGUGAUAGUAAUAAAGUAUUUUGACAUUUUA